CCAUGUCCUUUGCGAUGCUGCGCUCGGCUCCCGGCCGCUUCCUAUACCCGGAGAUCAUGCUGUCGGAGGACGAGGAGAACGGCAGCGAGAGCUCGGGCUCGGAGGAGAAGCCCUACCGCCUGGGCACCGACGGCUACGGCCUGACCGCUGCCAAGCGCCGGCACGGCAAGAAAACGGGGCGGCUGCACCGGGAGCCCCGGCAGCGCCACACGGCGAACGCUCGGGAGCGGGACCGCACCAACAGCGUGAACACGGCCUUCACGGCGCUGCGCACCCUCAUCCCCACCGAGCCGGCCGACAGGAAGCUCUCCAAGAUCGAGACCCUCCGCCUGGCCUCCAGUUACAUCUCGCACCUCGGCAACGUGCUCCUGCUGGGCGAGGCGGGCGGCGACGGCCAGCCCUGCCUCACCUCGCCCGCCUUCUACCACCACGGAGCCGGCAGCCCCGCGGGCAGGGACCCCGAUGCCUCCCAGCCCAAGCAGAUCUGCACUUUCUGCCUCAGCAACCAGAGGAAGCUGAGCAAAGACCGCGACAGGAAGACGGCGAUCCGGAGCUAGAUCCCGG